AUGGCUUCUUUGGAAAAUGGCAACAGUUUCUAUUUCACGUCCAAAUUGCAUUUUUAUCUUAAUGGAACAAGUGUUGAGAUUGAUAACCCCGACCCUGACACAACCUUGCUUCAAUAUGUUCGAUCCAUUGGUCUAACGGGGACCAAAUUAGGAUGCGCUGAAGGUGGCUGCGGUGCUUGCACAGUUUUGGUGUCUUCCUUUGACCCAUCGACGGACAAGAUUUUACAUUGCUCGGUCAAUGCUUGCUUGGCACCAUUGUGUUCGGUCGAUGGAAAACACGUGAUUACAAUUGAGGGAAUUGGUAAUGUGAAAAAGCCGCAUCCCGUUCAGGAACGAAUAGCUUUGCUACAUGGAUCGCAAUGUGGAUUUUGUACACCGGGAAUUGCGAUGUCACUUUAUGCCUUGCUACGGAAUAACCCUUGUCCCACUGAGGAGGAGAUUGAAGAAUGCUUUGAUGGGAAUCUAUGCAGAUGUACGGGCUAUCGUCCGAUAUUGGAUGCCGCAAAGACUUUUUCUAAAUUAUCGGGUGACAAAAAUGAAAUCACGGCAAAUAGUUCUGAAAGCAACGCGUCUUCUCAGAGCAAUACUUGCGGUCGUGUUGAUUGCUGUAAAUUGAAUAACAAUUUCAACGGCGAGAUAAAAUUCAAAGAAUACGAUGCUACUCAAGAAUUGAUAUUUCCACCAUCACUCAUGAACUACCAACCGAGGUUGCUUUGUUUCUCCGGUAGGAAAACAAAAUGUUACAGACCCGUUAGUUUGAUGCAAUUAUUACAUUUGAAAGUAAAGUAUCCAGAAGCAAAACUUGUGGCCGGUAAUACUGAGGUCGGCAUAGAAACAAAGUUCAAGAGAUUGAAAUACGAUGUUCAGAUAUACGUGGGUGAUAUAUCAGAAUUGAAAACUUGGGAAUUUCAGGAGGACGGAUUAACUAUUGGUGCAAACAUCAGUCUCUCAGCAUUCCAAUCUGUCUUAAAAAAAGCAUGUAAACAUUAUCAGCCUCAUCAAAUACAAAUUUUCGAAUCAUUGUUGGCUAACCUACGAUGGUUUGCUGGAAACCAAAUACGUAAUGUGGCUUCUCCUGCUGGAAAUAUUGUUACUGGUUCGCCGAUAUCGGACCUGAAUCCUAUAUUCCUCUCCACAUGCAAAAAAUUUGUGGUUUCUUCUCUGCAAGAACCGUCCUCAUCAAAAUCUAGUCGUGACAUCUCACCAACAGCAUUCUGGACAGGAUAUCGACAGAAUUGUUUGAGUAAAAAUGAGGUCUUGGAAAAAAUUUUCAUUCCAUGUUCAACGCGAGGACAAUAUGUGCGAGCAUACAAGCAGGCCAAAAGGCGAGAUGAUGACAUUGCCAUCGUUAAUUCUGGAUUCUCUGUCACAUUGGGUGAUGGAAAUGUUGUGCAGGAGGCCGCAUUUUCUUUUGGAGGGAUGAGCGGAGUUAGUGUCAGAGCACCGGAAUCGGAAGAAUUUAUCUUGGGCAAAUUUUGGGGAGAGGAAGCUGUUCUCAAAGGACUUCUCAAAAAAUUAAGCGAGGAAUUACAAUUGGGAUUUUCCGCUCCUGGUGGUAUGGCAACUUAUCGUAGAUCGUUGGUCGGAGGAUUUAUGUACAAGUUUUGGUACGAUGUAUCGAAAUCGGUGGGCAUUAAAACGACGGACUUUGGCGAUGAAGAUUUUACGGGGAUCAUAGAACGUAGCGUUUCAAAAGGUCUUCAAAUAAUUGGACAAACUGAAGAAGAGAAGAAAAUUGUUGGUAGCACAAUUCCUCACACGUCUGCCAUGAAGCAAGUGACCGGUGAAGCCAUCUACACGGACGACAUGCCUAAAUUUUGCGGUGAACUUUAUGGUACACUCGUUUUAUCAAAAGUGGCUCGUGCCAAAAUAUUAAAGAUUGACGCAUCAAAAGCCUUGGAGCAACCUGGAAUACAUGGUUUCUAUACAGCGGAAGACGUUCCUGGCAAUAAUAAAUGGGGACCGGUAUUUCAUGAUGAAGAGGUUUUUGCUAGUGACGAAGUGAAUUGCGUUGGUCAAAUAAUCGGCUUGAUUGUCGCUGACUCGCAAGAAAUUGCAAAGGAAGCAGCCGACUUGGUUGUAAUUGAAUAUGAAGUUUUGCCUCACAUAUUGACCAUUGAGGAAGCCAUCGAGCAUAAUAGCUUUCAUCCCUUUGACAAGAGUUUAUCGACUGGAAACAUUGAAAAAGGAUUUCAAGAGUCUGAUCAUGUUUUUGAAGGUGAAACAAGGAUUGGAGGGCAGGAACAUUUUUAUUUAGAGACUAAUGCCUCCUUGGUAAUACCAAAACCAGAGGAUAAUGAGAUUGAAAUUCAUGCAUCCACCCAGAAUCCAACGGAGACUCAAUUAGUGUGCGCAUCCGUGCUUGGUAUUAUGGCAAAUAAAGUUGUUUGUCGGGUCAAGAGACUUGGUGGAGGUUUUGGUGGCAAGGAGUCGAGAUCAAUACCUUUGACCCUAGCUUUGUCGGUUGGUGCUUGGCAUCUCAAAAGACCGGUUAGAUGCAUGUUGGAUCGAGAUGAGGACAUUGUAAUAUCAGGACAGCGGCAUCCUUUCUUGGGACAUUGGAAACUUUAUAACAAUGCCGGAUGGUCAGCUGAUCUCUCUCCCGCUGUUAUGGAGCGUGCAAUGACGCAUGUUGAUAAUUGUUAUUACAUCCCGAAUUUUAGAGUGAAUGGAAAAGUGUGCAAAACCAAUAUUCAUUCUAAUACUGCCUUCCGAGGUUUCGGAGGUCCGCAAGGAAUGAUGAUUUGUGAGAAUAUAUUAUGUGAGAUUGCCGAUCGCCUAGGGAUUGAUUUUGCUGAACUUAGGGAGAUGAACUUUUAUUCGGAAGGUCAAAAAACUCAUUUCAACCAAAUAUUAACUGACUGGCACGUACCCGCAUUGUAUCAACAAGUGAAAGAAUCUAGUGAUUAUGUGAAUCGAAGGAACGAAAUUGAGAAUUUUAAUUCAAGGAACAGAUGGCGUAAAAGAGGCUUAUCUUUAAUCCCAACAAAAUUUGGACUUUCAUAUACUGUAUAUCAUUUAAAUCAAGCUGGUGCUCUGGUUCUUAUAUAUAAAGACGGGAGUGUUCUUGUUAGUCACGGCGGGGUUGAAAUGGGACAAGGUCUCCACACCAAGAUGUUGCAGAUAGCGGCCGAGACUCUGAAUGUCCCUAUAGAAGAUGUUCAUUUGAUGGAAACUUCCACGAAUGUGAUUCCCAAUACUUCUCCAAGCGCAGCGAGUGUCAGCAGUGACCUUAAUGGAUAUGCAGUUUUUAACGCGUGCAAGACUUUGGUUGAAAGGCUAAGGCCCUAUCGAGAAAAAAAUCCAGAGAAAAGUUUUAAGGAGAUCGUCGUUGAUGCAUAUCUUGACAGGGUUAAUUUAUCUGCCAAUGGUUUCUAUAAAACUCCCGAUAUUCAUUUUGACUGGAGCAAAAAGGAAGGACAAAUGUUCUUUUAUUUUACCACUGGAGCUGCCUGCACUGAAGUUGAAAUAGACACCUUGACAGGAGAUCAUACGAUCUUACGCACUGACUUAGUUAUGGACAUUGGUAGAAGUAUAAACUAUGCUAUAGAUAUUGGACAGAUUGAAGGCGCCUUUGUACAAGGGGUUGGAUGGUGUACCAUUGAGGAAACUUUACACUUCCCGAAUGGUCAUGUAUUCACAAAAGGUCCUGGGAAUUACAAGUUGCCCGGGUUUAGGGAUAUUCCACAAGAUUUUCGUGUCCACACCUUCAAAGGCGAAUAUCCUAAUUUAAAAACAAUUCACGGUAGCAAAGGAGUAGGUGAACCUCCGUUAUUUUUAGGAAGUUCAGUAUUUUUCGCUAUUAGAAAUGCAAUCAAGUAUGCUCGGCAUGCGAACAACAAUUAUGAAUCAUUUGCUCUCCGUUCGCCGGCAACCCCUGAAAGAAUUCGACUCGCUUGUGAAGAUGAAAUUGUAAAGGGUGCUCAUGUCGAAAAAAAAAAAGAAGAAAAGGACUGGAUCCUUGGUGUCUAA